UACUGCUGCGGCCCGACAGUUCCACGGGCUCGCGUGUACGCGGCUGCCAGGUUCCAGUACUCAGACCUUGGCUCCUGCAGGGCUUACGACCCUCGCUCCGACGCCAGCUACGGCCCAGCUGUCACCCGAAUAUGGACUCCGCCAGCCAAGGUGUGGCUCCCCGGACCCCAGCUGUAGAGGGCCUGACAGAGGUGGAGGAAGAAGGGCUCCGGGCUGAGCUUGCUAAGGUGGAAGAAGAAAUUGUCACUCUGCGCCAGGUCCUGGCAGCCAAAGAGAGGCACUGUGGAGAGCUGAAAAGGAGGCUGGGCCUUUCUCCUUUAGGGGAGCUGAAGCAGAACCUGUCUAGGAGCUGGCAUGAUGUGCAGGUCUCUACUGCCUAUGUGAAAACGUCUGAGAAACUUGGAGAGUGGAAUGAGAAAGUGACCCAGUCUGACCUCUACAAGAAGACCCAAGAAACCCUUUCACAGGCAGGACAGAAGACAUCUGCUGCCUUGUCUACCAUGGGCUCUGCCAUCAGUAGGAAGCUUGGAGACAUGAGGGCUCAUUCGUUCUCACACUCCUUUAGCAGCUACUCCAUCCGCCACUCGAUAAGUAUGCCGACCAUGAGGAACUCUGCAACCUUCAAGUCUUUUGAAGACCGAGUAGGGACCAUAAAGUCUAAGGUUGUGGGUAGCAGAGAGAAUGGCAGCGAUAACCUCCCUUCCUCACCUGGAAGUGGUGACCAGCCAUUACCGGAUCAUGCCCCUUUCUAAGCUCGUCCUAGCUUAUCAUCCACAGAAUACAGAAGCACACCCUCAUCAUCACAGCUGCAACUCUGCAUGACAGAGCAACCGGCCAGGGCCAGUGAAAAACUGGUUUUGAAGACAGUCAUACCCAUCUACGUGCAGAUGUGGCUGCUGCCUUGGCAUGAAUUAGAGAACAGUCUUGUGCAUAAAUGUUUUACACUAAAGUUCAUAGAUGAAGCAGAUCACUCCUUUCCUUUCCAGGGCCACAGGAAGUGGACAAGGGCCCACGUUCUUUUUGGCGGUCUCACUGGGAUGCUGAGGGAAGAGUUGUCAGGGGUAUUGCCUGCCCUCCUCCCCAUAGCUCAGAAGAUCAUACUGCAUCAUUUGAGAAAUGAGAGAGUUCUCUUAUUUUCUGAGGCCCCAGAAAGGAAACGUAAGCAAUCGCUUCAUUCUUAGAGAACAACCUGGCUGUGACAGAAGCAGAUCCACUAUUUUUUAAAAUGUGAUGGACUUUUCAAAAAUUAAAUAGAAAAAAGUGAGGCAAAACAACUUUAGCCUCAUUAUUGAAUAUUUCUUUGCAUUCAAGCCUUACAUUGCCUUAUGCUUUAUUUGUUUAUAGUCUUUUAUAUCCCUAUAAAUGAGGGGUCUUUAAUGGGUUAUGGGUACUAUGUAGAGUUUUAUCUCUGUCCCAUCUCAUACUCUGCCAGUACCAGUUAGUGCAUUUUAUUUCUCUAACACUUUCUCCUGGUAUGCAAAACUUGGUUCUUUUGAAGAAUGGUAUUUCCCAGUAGCUUUCCAGUCUGGCCCACCAAGGCUCUUGUGCUGUGGGUCAGGAGGGCAGAGAGAAAGAAAAAAGUCUCAGUCUCUGGCAUUUUAAUGACAUGUACCCUGCAUAGUGUUGCUCUGCUGACAGCGAGCAGGGCUCUGGUCCGUAGUACCUGCCUGCCUGCCCAUGACACAAAGAAUAAAUAAGAGGCAGAAUCAACCCUGCAGGUCACCUAGGGGAUGUGGUUUUCAUUCAGCCAGAACUCUGCUGUCAUCUUUUCUCAGGAGCUACAAAGAUUUCUUUCUAAGUUUUCUUCUCCUGCCUCCAAUUGCCACAUUCUACAUCCUCUCAACGCCAGGGCCCUAGCUGUUGGGAGGCAUGGUCUGGAGGGAGGGGCAGCACUGUGCCUUAGUGGCUCUUAGCAGGGCAAAGACUUUGUUGUGUGCAUAUCUCUGCACUCCUGGGGUGAGGUGGGGUCUUUCCAUUUUCGUGUCUGGUUUGAUGCGGUGUGAUGUAUCCUUUGAUUAUCAAGUACCUUGGUUUCUUCGGAUACCCUUAGAAUACUAUACCAUACAAAACAAGGAAAGGUGAGGAACUGGGGAGUUGAAGAAGAGAUAUCGUGAUGUCUUCUCUUUCAGGGUUAAAGCAGUUGUGUGAAGAGGUGGGCGACAGGAGUGCAGGUCAAUGAUGUAUCUUCCUUCAAGAAUAACAGGAAACUUGUUAAUAAAGCAUUCCUUUGGAGGAAAAUCCACAUCCAUUAGUUUGGUGUAUCUUUUAGGAUAAUGACAAAAGAGUUGAGGAGUAAAUGCACACGAUUCCUUGCUUUGAACGGGGGCAAACAGGAGACAGUCAUGUACAAAUUACAAGUCUUUGGUGUGCAUAUAAAGGGAGCGAAUUGUAUAGAAGCUGCAUCUCUGAAUGAGACCAGGGAUGCAUGCCAGGCAUGCAGUUAAGGUGCUUGCAGUUUUUUAUCAAGAUUGGUUCCACUGAAGGGGCCUUUUUGUUCACAGCAUUUUUUUUUUUUUUUGGUUUUCGAGACAGGGUUUCACUGUGGUUUUGGAGCCUAUCCUGGAACUAGCUCUGUAGACCAGGCUGGUCUCGAACUCACAGAGAUCCGCCUGCCUCUGCCUCCCAAGUGCUGG